UGACACCCAUGAAGGAUGUGUCUGAAAGUGAUCAAUUGGUUGGUUGUGAAGAGGGCUAGCAAUUUGUAUAGGAUAGAAUGUGAAAUCAAACGUGUGAAAGACGAAGAAGACGUCCCUAUGAUAUUGGUCGGAAACAAAUGUGACCUCCCAAAGAGAGAAGUUGACUCAAAACAUGCUGGACAAGUUGCCAAGGGCUACGGCAUUCCAUACGUCGAGACAUCCGCUAAGACAAGAAUGGGCGUGGACGAUGCCUUUUAUUCACUCGUGAGAGAAAUUAGGCGUUAUAAGGAGAUGAAAGGGCCACAGAGCAAGCCGAAGAAGCAGAAGAGACAUUGUACCAUGCUGUGACUUGCACGCACUUGUCAACCCAUCUGUUAGUGGAGUGAUUUGCAGAGUAGUAUAUUGUAGGUAAUCUGUAGUGAUACAGAAUGUGGAACUCGAUUGCCUGGAAAGCUGAUUGCUAUCUUUCAUUAUUCAUACAAAUACUAUCGUGUGUUUCAAUUA